AUGACAGCCCAGUCAAUCUUUGCCCACGAUUUCCUCCAAAAGGCCGUCGGGGAUGACUCCUCCGUCCUUGAAAUGCGAGAGACGCUUGACGCCCUUCACUCCCUGGUCGACGCGCUGAAGCAGCAACCGGCCAUCCACGAGCUGACGUAUCCCCACGCCAGACCUAUAGCUAGGCUUGCUCUCGGCGACUGCGAAAUGCCCCCGGUGCAGUCCGCCGUCAACGCUAUCCGCGAGGCAAAAGGCGUGUUCAAACCCAUUGCAAGGGAAAUCUCUGUGCUUCAUGCUGACUCUGGCCAGCUCACAAAACACUUGGCCUGGAUCUACUUUUCACCGGCCGAUUUCAACGAAGCCGAGUUCAUCAUUGUGAAUGCCGGUCUGGAGUGUCUCUACAUGGACCUGUCCGUAAACAAGGCCACGGCGGCGCCGCUCAAGGAGGAGUAUGCAAAAAUGGGGACCCUCUGCACCAGUAACCUCGAGACUGCGUUGGCCAACCUGCCUCUGCACCUGCCAGCCACCAUGGACAUGAUCGUGGCCUUGUUGUUCGGCGCCUACCACGCCAUGGAAGUGGCAAAGCCAAGCCUUGCCUGGACGUUGAACACGGCCUCGGCCCAGCUGUGCCAGACCCUCGGAUACCACCGAAUAGCUUCCGUCAGGAGCGGCAACCCUGACGACGAAGAUUACAAGGUUUUCCUGUUUUGGUCCGUCUACUUUGUGGACAAGUCGCUCUCCCUCCGUCUGGGUCGCCCGUCAACAAUUUCAGACUACGACAUCACCGUCCCCUACCCGUCGAGUGCUAGCAAAAUGCACGGUGCGCUGAUGAGCUACUUCUGCUUAUGGGUCAUCGUAUCCAGGAUUCAGGGCAAGACCUACGAGCUGCUGUACAGCCCCGAGGCGUUGUCCCAGUCGAGCUCAGUCCGUGAAGGUCGCGCACGGGGGUUGGCGGCAGAGCUUCAGCAAGUGACGGAUCGCACCCAGGAGACGCACGCACAGUACUUGGAGUCGGCAAUCGAGGCCGUCGGCCAAAACACGAUGGAUUUCUUCAACGUCUCUGACGAGGUGCUGAGAUUGUCGCUACUCACCAUAAUAUACCGGGCGGUACCCUCGCCCCCAGGCUCAUCCACCACCUUCAGUACAGAGUGCAUCGGCGCCGCAAGGGCGACACUGAAGCGACACGAGGAUUGCAUGGCGAUCAUGGCCAAGGACGGCUACUACCUGUUUCCCAUGUAUAUGAAUUGGACUAUCCUCUUCGCACCGUUCGUGCCGUUCAUCGUCAUCUUCUGCCAAGUCAUGGAAACGAGCGACGCUACAGAUCUGGCCCGACUGCAAGGGUUUGUUGCGUCGAUCCAGGACGCCAAAGAGUUCACCGAGGCGUCGGCGAGACUCUGCCGGCUCUUCCAGGUCCUCUACAACGUCGCGUUCCGGUAUGUCGAGAUGCGCAACAGUUCACAGCAGACGGGGCAGGCGCAAGCAAGCCAGGAGAUGGACAGGUAUCUCACGGCACUCGGGUUCCCGUCCGCGGGGCAGUCGUCCGAGGGGGGCCCGGACGGUUCGGACCAGCUCCCGAUGGGCGGCGGCGGCAGCGGCGGCGACGAGGGGAUGACCUCUACCGGGUCGGGGGUGGUGCCACUCAACCAGAUGCUGUGGAUGGGAAACGCAUCGCAGUUGGAGGACUGGUUUUAUAGCAACCAGCAGAUGAUGGGGCUUGUGGAGGAUGACGACUCGUUCUUGCAGUGA